AUGCCCAUAAAGCUUCAAUCAUCAGCACUAUCUCUCAUGAUCUCCAGCUUCUUAGGCUCAUGUCGUCCUCUCUCGAUCUUUAUCAUCCGUCGCCUUUUGUCAACCCAACAGAAAAUCAACUCAAGAAAAGUACCUCCAUACGAAAACGCAGAUCGAUCUUAUAUGGAUUUAUCUCAGAAAUUCUACGAAUCGAUGAAAGCAUGCGUAAAUAUUCGGUCGAAACCCUUGGCUCGAGGACUACAUUGUCAGCUUAUCACAACUGGGGUAGACAUUUCAACUUUUGUCCAGAACAAUUUAAUCAACUUGUACGCCGGUUGUGGUUUGAUCGAUGACGCGUCUUUAGUAUUUCAUGAGAUUGAAUUAAAAAAUGUGUUUAGUUGGAACACGAUGAUUGAGGGAUUGAUAGAUUCAGGACGAGUUACAGCUGCAGAGAAGGUGUUUGACGAAAUGCCUCAAAGGGACGUUGUUUCAUGGAACUCUAUGAUGUCUGGUUAUUAUCGUAAUGGGUUUCCAGAGAAGACUAUCGAUGGUUUCAUUUCAAUGGUCCGAUGUUCUACCACUCUUCCCGAUGCAUAUUCUUUCAGUUGUGUAAUGAAAGCCUGUGCUAGCCUCGAAAAUCUCAACUUGGCUUUCCAACUACACAGUUUUUCUGAAAAGUUCAAGUUUUUAGGUGAUGAUUCUGUUGAUUCGUCAAUAGUUGAUAUGCACAUCAAGUGUGGAGCUCCAGAUAUUGCUGAACAUGUUUUCUUGAAGAUGCCAAACCCAAAUUUAUUUUCUUGGAAUUCUAUGAUCUAUGGUUACUCACAACUAUAUGAUGCUCAAAGGGCCUUGGAACUGUUCGAUCAAAUGCCUAAAAGAGAUCUCGUUUCUUGGAACAUGAUCAUUUCAAUAUUGUCUAAGCAUGGCCAUGUCACAAAGACCCUUGGUAUGUUCAUUGAGAUGUGUAUCCAAGGCUUUAAACCAAAUUCCAAGACAUAUGCAAGUGUCUUAAGUGCUUGUACAAGCGCACAUGAACUCAAAUGGGGAAUCCACUUACAUGGGAGAAUUGUCCGAAUGCAACAACAUAUCGAUGCAUACAUUGGCACUGGUCUAAUAGACAUGUAUGCCAAAUGUGGACACUUCAAAAAAGCACGCAAAAUAUUUAACAAUUUGAAAGAACACAACAUUGUAUCAUGGACAUCAAUGAUAGGAGGAGCAAUACAUAGUGGCAAUGAAGUGGAAGCCAUUUCAUUGUUCAAACAAAUGAAGGAAAUUCCAAUAACCUCUGAUCAAUUCACUCUAGCAACUGUUCUUGGAGCUUGUUGUGGUUUAAAAGAUAUUCACCUCGGAACCCAAAUCCAUGGAUACUCAAUCAGAAUCGGAAUGGAAUCUCUAAUUCCCGUAGCAAAUGCUCUUGUUACAAUGUACGCGAAAUGUGGCGACAUUUGUAAUGCAAAUCAUGCAUUUAAGUUAAUGACAUUCAAAGAUAUCAUAUCAUGGACAACCAUGAUCACGAUAUUUUACAAUAUCGGGAACAUAGAAAAAGCUCGGGAAUAUUUCGAUCAAAUGCCGGAACGGAAUCUUGUAUCUUGGAAUUCAAUGUUGAAGGGGUACGUACAAAAUGGGAUUUGGGAAGAGGGUUUUAAGGUUUUUGUUUUAAUGAGACAAAAAGGAGUUAAACCGGAUUGUAUUACUUUUAUAACUUCAAUAAGCGCGUGUGCUAAUGCAGCCAUUUUAAAACUCGGGAACCAAGUAGUCUCUCAAAGUGUAAAGUUUGGGUUUGGAAAUGACGUUUCGGUAAAAAAUAGUAUAAUUACAAUGUACUCAAAAUGCGGGCAAAUUCAAGACGCAAAAAAAACAUUUGAUUCGAUAGUGUCAAAGAAUUUGAUUUCAUGGAAUGCGAUGAUGGAUGGGUACGCGCAAAGUGGCGAGGGAAAUUUAGUAAUUGAUACGUUUGAGAAAAUGAUAUGGUCGGGCAUACUGCCCGACCAUAUUAGUUACGUAUCCGUCCUAUCGGGUUGCAGUCAUUCAGGGCUGCAACCCGAAGGACAACGUUAUUUCAAUAUGUUGCUAAAAGAUGAAAGAAUUUCACCAACUUGCGAGCAUUACGCGUGUAUGGUGGAUUUACUUUGUCGUGCGGGAUUUAUUGAAAAAGCAAAAGAUUUAAUCGACAAAAUGCCAAUUGAGCCAAAUGCUGCGGUAUGGGGAGCUUUGCUCGGUGGUUGUAGGAUUCAUGGGAAUGCAACAAUGGCGGAAACGGCUUUAAAGAAUCUUGUGGUAUUGGACGCGGAAGAUUCCGGAAGCUAUGUGUUGUUAGCGAAUCUUUAUUCCGAUUCCGGGGAGUUGGAUUCCGUUUCCGAUGUGAGACGGGUUAUGAAGGAGAAAGGAAUAAGGAAAAAUCCGGGUUGUAGUUGGAUUGAAGUUGAUAAUAGGGUGCAUGUUUUUACUGUUGAUGAUACAAAUCAUCCAAGAAUUAAUGAUGUUUAUAAAAAAUUGGAGGAGAUUAUUAAAAAGGUUGAAGAUGUAGGAAUGUAUUCUAGUAAUAAGGCGAAGGCUUAUCAUAGUGAGAAGCUUGCGAUGGCUUUUGGGUUGAUGAGUUUGCCAGCUUGGAUGCCUAUUCAUAUAAUGAAGAAUCUUCGUAUAUGUGAUGAUUGUCAUUCGGUGAUGAAAUUGGUAUCUCUUGUUACUUCAAGGGAACUUGUAAUUCGAGAUGCAAAUCGGUUUCAUCAUUUCCGGGAUGGGUUUUGCUCAUGCCGGGAUUACUGGUGA